AGAUAUACAGAGCAGGCAGAUGCAAACUUUGAUGGCGAGAUUGACAGAGUGUAUUUAGAUACCCCGACAAAGAUUGCCAUUAUAGAUCACGAGAAAAAGAGAACCUUUGAAUUGAGGAAGGAAGGCAUGCCAGAUUCAGUUGUAUGGAACCCUUGGGAUAAGAAGGCCAAGGCUCUUUUGGAUUUGGGAGAUGAAGAUUACAAAACCAUGUUAUGUGUGGAUUCUGCUGCUAUUGAGACCUCUAUUAUCUAUGAACCCUUUGAAGAGUGGAGGGGCCGUCAAGAGCUCUCUACCGUGUCAUCAAGUUAUUGCAGUGGACAACUGGAUCCACGUAAGGUCCUUUAUGGCUUCUAUUGACUUCAUCCAGAGUAUAUGGAGAUUCUCCUGCAGUCUAUAUAUAUUUUGUGUUAGAUCCUGUAUCAUAUAGAUGCACUUGCUUGCUGUAUAUUAUUAUCUUUAUUGACGUGUUAAAAUUCCUAAAGAUGGACAAAACCAGCUGCAAGUGAUGGUUGAUUAUGUUUAUAUCAGUUAGCAUUCGGGCUGUCACAAUGUUGAACAACAGGAAUAUUUCAGUUUGUUGUCUCAUUGUGAUGGCCAGGAUUGUAUCGAUGUUUCGAAAUAUUAUAAAAUGAGGGAGUUAUGUUGCUA